GGCGGGUGUAGUUUUGAUUGUUCGUUCAAGGCCGCUGGUUUGGUAUAGUUUUGAUGAAGUUUGUACGGAAUCGAUUGAGAACUUCCUUAGAUUCCUAGUUGACGUUUACAUUUCUCGAAAUUAAAUCUUCCGCUUUGCUCGUUAUCCCGAUAGUUUGUAUGCUAUCACCCCCAAUUUAUGCCUAGAGCGGAUUUAUCAGCUGACUGCCGGCCUUCAUGGUUUAAACUUUAUGCACUCAAAAUAAAGUUGAACCAACUGAGGGACUUCUAUCACAAGGAUUGUCAUAAGCUAUCCAGUUCGCUGUCGCCCCAAGUGUGGAACUAGGAUUCUAUUCUUUCGUAAAACUUCCGAUUAUUCAAGAACUGGUCAAGUAGUUACCACAAGAAAUUGUUUUUAUAAUGCACAUCUUAGCUUAAUAGAACACCACUUGACCUAAUAGAAUCUAUGUCAGCGGACAAAUAAACAAGCGAUUCGUAAACCAAUGUGCAGAUCAUAUAUUAUUCAUUUAAAAGGACCGAUAAAGUUCAUGGAUGUUACCUUUUUCUGGAAUAUUUUCAGUAUCUAGCGGCAUAAUUCUGUGCUGCUGUAAGCAGAGGACUAACGUAGUAAUAAUGAUAACAUAUUUGAUUUCACUAAAAUUAUAGACAACAUUUUUCGUUAUUCUCAUUUUCUUAUAAUAGGUUUGAGUUAGAAAUGAAUGCAGGAUAAAUGUUUAGUUUCUAUUCGAAUUGCUCAUAAUAUUUCGAAAGAACCAUGAGGAAAAAAGAGCACUAACCAAUAGUAUCAUGAGACUAUCAUCAUGAUGCACUGAAAGUUACUAAGAUAAAAUAGAUUCAAGAAGAUACAUUAGUAUAGGUAAAAAGUCCAAAAAUAAAUAUUACACCACUUAAUCAGUUUCGUAAAAUGUUGUUGCCGGGAUUUAUUUAUGAGUUUCAUAUAGAAAGAGUUGGUAUGAACAAUGAAACAACGGGAUGAAUAACCUAUCAGGGCAUCACUUAAUACUCGGGAAGCCGGAUAAAAAACGAAAGCAAACAGUGAUAUUUUGUGUACAAACCUGUGAUCUGACAAUCCAAAUAUACGUAGCUUAUACUCCCUCUUACUUUGAGGAUAAUGUGAGCUAAAAUUGACUUCGUCGCUAUACUAAUGUCACUCAGUGAUCGAUGUCAAUUUUGUCGCUAUAGUCGUUAUAAAUAAAUUUUGUAACCUACAAAGUCAUCACAAGGUUUCUGAUCUGAUUGGGCUUUUGUUGAUUCUGGUUUUUAGAUGUUUAAAGUGAAAAUUCUUAGGACCAGGAAUCCACACUGUGGAUCGUUGUGCUUAAUUUCAAAAGUUGAGUUUUUAGUGAAAGGCACCAAAUUAUCCGACUAGACAAAUUUCAAAUGUCCGAGCAAUACAUAUUCGUUCCAAAUUAUGAGGACUCACUAACCGAUAAUCUGUUAUUGUUGUCAUCCAACAAAUUAUUGUGAUUUGUGGUGUUGUGUUUUUGUAUAUUUAUUUAUAAUUUCAUAUAUCGCAGUUUAAUUACUAACGGAAGUUUUCGGUUACAUCUUUUUGGCAAUCAUAACAGUGGGAGUAUCUUCAACUGUCAACUUACAGAGACUGUACUAACUUAACAUGCUACAUUGUAUCUUUACCAAACUAAUGUUAUGUAACAUACCUAUUAAAACUUCUCAAUGUGUUCUAUAAGAUAAUAUAACGUAAUCAGAGGACAUUUUAAGUUAGCUCGAGCUUCAUAGUUCAAAUAUAUUCACAUUUUAUUUCUCUUUCCAGUCUCUUUAUUUCAUCCCAAAAAUGCUUUUAUUAAUUAGUAAUAGAGAGCCUGUUUACUUAGACUAGGAACCAGUUACCUCUUAGACAAUGUGAUCCACAGCCUAGUUAGUGUAACGUUAUCUGUUUUUCCUCGUAUCGAAUACACAGAAAUAUUGAUAAUACACUAUUACCAUUAAUUAGUAUAUCCACAUCUGACCUCAAUUCCGCCUGUUUAGAACAACAAAAUUAGUUGUUUGUUUUAGCAAAUGAUGUUACCUCUUUCCAUGAACAAAUCAUGUUUGUGAUAUUCUAGAUUAAAAAAUGAUAUGUAUAUUCAUUUAUAUGUCUUCGGAGGAUCUGCCCCCGAAUGCCCUGGUACGACUGAGGGUGGGGGGGUUGCUCUUCUCGAAAUGCUCGCACGUGGCCACGUGUAUACAGCCACCUCCAGGGAAGUCCUACUCACUGCGUUCUCGCGGUGGGGAUGUUUACAAAGUUGAUAGGACGAAAACCUAACUAAAACUCCAAAGAUUCCACUCUAGUGAAAUACUGUUCAGAUAAUUGGUCCUUGGUUCUCAGUCUGACAUCAGUUCAGGGUGGAAAUUAUCUUCGAAUCAGCGAGAAUUUCUACAAGCGUUAAAUUGUCUUGUAGCCUUCAGUGACUCACUUGGGAACCUUCUUCAGCUUUUAUAUUUCGUAACUUGUGAAAUCAAUAAAAUCAAAUAAGCGUCCUUCAAUAUUAUCGAUCGUACUAUAUCGUCGGAUUACUAUGGUUAAACAACAUAGGCUAAUAAGUUCCAAGUUAGUAGAUAAAUAACGUGUUCACGUCAUGUUCGUGAUUGACUACUAUCAAACGGUCUUGAAUCAGGAUGAAAUAACUGCCCAGUUUCAUAAUGAUUUUAAAAUUUCACUUGUCUUAGAAGACUCACCAGCCCUGGUGGGUUGAUGUUUUACAGUCUUAAUACGGGUUCAAAAAGAUGACUGUUUUUUGGCAACUUGCAUUACUCAUGGAGUAGGCGUGAUAUCCAUCUGACCAUAAAAGGGUGAGUGGAACUAUGUACUACUCUGUGGCUGUGAAACCUGGUCUCUGAAAGUAGAACAUAUGUGUUUGUUCCGGAUGUUUGAUCGCAAGCGUUUUCAAAGUAUUGCACGUGUAUCAUAAAAUGGUCAAGUAAGCAGUGCUGAGGUUAUCCACAGGGUACUAAGCAAAGAUAGAUUGCCAUAAUUUAUCACUUAAUCCGUAAACUUUUAGUUCUGUAUUUUAAAACACAACAAACAAAGUACAUCAGUCUUUUUUAAAAUAGAUUUUAGCUCAUAGUGAACCAUGAAAGAGAGCGACAAAUUUAUCCCAUCUUGUGAGCACCAUGCAACGGAAGAAUUAUCACCAACCAAAUCUGAGGAUUCUAAUCUUCAAAACACUCCUGAAAUUCCCACAAGCUUGCCUAGUCGAAUUGAACUAGUUCGGCCUAUUUAUCAUCAAAUUUCAGAUUUUUGUUUUGAUUUUGAUUCGGAAGGUAUUCUUCGUCAUACUCAAACAGGAGACACAUUCUGUGUAAAGGUAACUUCAACAGGCCCUUCACUUAAAAGACAAGAAAUUAUUCGUGCAAUUUGUACACGUUUAAUUCGUCAACGGCUAUUUGCUUUAAAUAUGGAAUCAAGUCAAGUUCCGAUUCCUGGACAUCCUACUCACUGUAUGAGAGUUUUACAUUCUAAAAAUUUUUUUACCCACAAAGGUCCCAUCAUUAUUUUGUUACAAGGGGGUGGAAUCGCUCAGGCUGGCGUUUGGGCUCCUCGUCUUCUAUUACAUCCUCAACAUGGUCUACAGUCUGGCAGUCAAAUAUCUUUAGUCAAAAAAGCACAUGAACAAGGUUAUGCAAUAGCUAUUAUCAAUGCAAACGAACAUGUCCCAAGUGAAGCAGAAAUGGAUGCUAUGGAAAAAUUUCCUAAUCCUUCUUGUCCAUUAUUCAAUGUUACAGAAUGUGUACGUAUUGAUCAUAAUCUUAAGUCACCUGUUCAUGACAAUAAUCAUGAUGUACCAAUCUAUCUUACUUUACCUGAUCAUUCAAAUAAGUUAAUAUUACCUGCGCUUGACAACAAAUCUCACCAUCCAGUUGCUUUCGAUUCAAAUUUAGAAAAUCCAAUACUCUUUGUACCAUGUAAAUCAUCUACUGAACAAGAAUCCAAACAGUUAUUUCGAUCGUGUUUGACAAGAACACCGUCAUCAUCAUCAGCUUUAUCAUGUUUACUCACUGGAUCGAAUUCUACAUCCAGUUCAACUAUGCGAACAAAUUCUAACCUACAGAAAACACCUGUUUGCUGCGUGAAUUCAAUUUGUUCGACGAAUGAAACUUGUUUAACUUCAUCGACUACUGAUUUGACAUUGAAUGCGCAUGUAAAAUCUGUUGGUUCGACAGUUAACGCACCUUCAUCAUCCUCAAUGUUAAAUGCUACUCAUUCACUGAACUACGAAUCACAGUCACAAAAACAUGUGUUUUUAGUUCCAUCUAAUAGUGUCGCUCUUAAGAAUUUGAUACAGGUUCCACAAGGUAGAAAUAUUGUUUCAGAUGAUAUGAAUUCACUUAACUCAUCUAACUGUCAAUCAUUUGUUGAAAAUUCAACUUGCGUGAUAAAUUCCGGAAAUAAUAUUACUGCUGUUAAAAAAUCUUCAAUCAUCUGUCAUUUUCCCGCAACAUCAAUGCCAACAGCAUCAACAACAACGACACUACCAACAACAUCUGAUAUACCAUCAUACUCCAUUGAAGAUAAAGACCGAAAUUUUCCGAAGGGUCGUUCAUUAAACAAUGAUCCAAUAGUGUCAAAUAUUUCUGUAGAGGAUCGUCUCUAUGGCAUAUGGCGUCAACUUAUACCACAUUGUGCAUCAAAUCAUAUAUUAGUUUGGGCUCAUCAACAAGGUGCCAAUGCAUUUAUUCAUCCAUUCAAACCGAUGCCUGAUGUGUUUCCUGGGUUUUCAUUACCAGUUCCAAUUAAUUCACGUAAGAAAUUGUCUUCAGCUCCUAUCAACACGGAUAUAAAACAAAUGUCAGAAAAACCGAUUAUCCCACCUACCAUACAUAAUGAUUCCAUGCUUGAUAAAUGUCCGGAAUCCUUAUCCAAUAACCACAACAAUCUGGAUUCUGUAGUUCAGCACAACUCUAAGAUGCGGAUUAAUAAACAAUUAGAGUGGUCAACUGGUUGUUUAUCAAAAGUAUUAAAAAUUUGGCUUAUUUGAUUGGUUGUAUGCUUGUUUACUUAUAUAAACUGUUUAACUAAUGAAGCAGCUCUUAUCCUGGUGGUUCACUUCUGAAGAAAUUGAAUAAGGUCAAUGGGAACUGUGUGUGCAGUAGUACAGAAGUAAUAAAUUCAAGAGGGUUAAUGAUUGUGCAUUAUGAAUUUCAACUUAGAAACCUAGUAAUAACGAAUUCAAUGCAUACACGAUAUUUAAUUGCAUGUUAUAUUUUUUUUAAAAAAAUAAAUCACUUAACAAAACACAUGAGACUUUUUUUGAUAGGUGAUCUAUCAGCAAAACAGAAUACACAUGAAAGUAGAUGGAAAUAGCUAAUAUAAGAAAUCAUAUGAUCACAUGACGGAUGCAUAAAGGAGUUGCUUGAAAUCACUAAAUUACAGUGAAAUGAGUUAAGCACAUGAAGUAUUAUUCAUGUUUAAAUAGACCACUAAGUGAGAAAUCUAGCCUGUACUCAACUGCGUAAAAGACAUUUUUAACUGAAUGCUGUCGGUAAAAGUCUGAGAGGAAGAGGGUUUAUCCUGUUAUGGGAAUCAUUAACGUUUACUAAAUUCGUCUACGAAGGUUUCCAAUAAAAUAUCUUUUUUCUACGUCAGCAAGUUGUUCUCAAGGUAAUCGAAAAAGGUGGGAUUUUCCUGUUCAAUUACGUUGACGUACAAUUGUAGUCUAAAAAUGGUAUUAAUGGACCAAACACAUUUUUUUUACCGUUCAAUCUCUCUUGUGUAUAUUACCUUCAGAAACUGUUGAAACGUACCGGUUGACACAUUUUAGAGAAAUAGUGAUCAAAUAAUGUUUUGCUCACUCGCUGCAAAACGUUCUGACUCGUGUGAACUCUGCACAAAACGCUGCAUUUGCUCUUUGCCUAUCAGCUGGACGAUGUGCGCUGCAAAAAUGUCAAAACUACCUUUUAAGGUAGCAUUAUGAAGACCAUUAAACAAAUCUUGAAGUUUUAAUUGAUUGAACACACACACUGUGGCGCAUACUGCAGAUAUCUUGUACAAUGAUUCACUCUUCAUACGUUUCGUAAACGAUAUCAAUCAUAAAAAUGUCUGCGGCUCCCAACAGCAUUAAAGGGCGAAUGCUGUUCAUUUAAUCUGUCAAACAACGGAACCAUGAGCUUCACUCAUGAACAACGCAUAGUAGACCAUGGUUAUAUGCCAUUGACCUGUUUCCGGUGAACGAUCCACCUACCAUUCGAAGAUGAGCGAAGGAUUGACAUCCAUAACCAAUAGCUUGCCUAAUUUAUUAUUAUACUGGAUAUUUGCAGAAACAUCGUCGUCAGCUACUGACGAUGCCGAUUCAUUCUGCACACACAUUUAAUAUAAAUAUCGCUUUCUACAAUGGCUAGCACAUAAAAUAAAAUGUCAGAAAGCUUGAUUCCCCGCAGACUCUUAAUUGUUUGGCUAGCUCUUCUUCAAAUGUAAAUCUAACGCCGAGAAAUGUCUCAAAAUAUAUUCUCUCUACCUCGCUGUUCGAUAUAGACAUGUGAAACGACAUAACUGUGAUAAUAAGAUUUCUGAAAUAAUUAUCCUUUGAAGUUCAAAGUUUUUAAUCGUCUAAAAGCAGGUUCUCCAUUGGACGAUUAGAACUAUGUUUUUGAUUGAUCUAAUGCUACAUGGAAAUAUAGGUUUACACCUAGAAAAAGAUUAUUCCCUGAGACAAUCGAUUACUCUAACUGUAUAGUUUGAGUAAAUAAUGCCAUCGGAAAGAAACGUUUCUUCACUAAACUCUUUUUAAUUCUUCAAUCGUAGGAAGACUAACAUUAGUAAAAAUAACCGUUAAUUAACGAUAUUUAAAUUUUAUUUUUCGAAGUUUCUUUUACAUUUCUUGUUUGAUUCAGAUCACCAGUUGUUCUGUCUGAUACAGUAUCACAUAACACUUCUAAAAAACCACGUUUAUCUAAUGAAUGCGAUGGAAAUAAUCCUUCUACACAAGUUGCAUAUAAUAAUGUGCCUAGUGACUAUCAUAACAAUGGCAUCAAUAAUAUUGACAAAGCAAAAAUACGUUUUACAAGAAGACGUCAUUUAUCUUCUGGACCUAUACUUAUGACCCAUAAAAAUGAAAAUAGUACACGUAAAAGUGCAUAUAUUUUGGAGCCUACAAAUGAUAAUUUACCUCUCAUUACAAAUGAUUAUGAACAAUCUCAACAAAAUAAACCUCUUGUGACUAUCAACACUAUUCCUGAUGAAAUUAGAGAAAUACUUCCUAAAGUUUCAACUGGACGUUUAUGGUUCGAUCGACGUAUUUAUGGACCAUGGAGACAUCAUGUCACUCCAGAAGCUUCAAGGCGUGCAUUUUGGUUACCAAAUGAUAACGGCUUAUUAGUUAAAAACAUUUCAAAGAAAAAUGCCUCAAAUUCUAUUACAAACCAAACUGAAAAUAAAUUAUGUGUUGAUAAUUUACCAGCAGUAAGUGGUAGUGACUUGGAUGCCAUGCGUUUCGCUAAACAUGGUGGUGUCAUACCUCAAAGUGUUGGUAUAUGGUCUGAUAUCAUUUCAAAGGAUAAUAAUAAUUCAGAUGAAUUUUUACAGCUACGUUUAGCAAGAGCAUGGCAACGUAAAGCGGAGCGUUUAUGGCGUGAGUUGACAAGUCGUGUAAAAGCUGUUGUAUUUACUGAUUCAGCAGAUGUGUUGGAUUUAUGUGCAGCUGGGGUUGGAUGGGGGUUGAAUAUCCUUAAUGAACAGAAUAUUAAUGAUAAUGAAUUACCCUGUAUUUAUAAGCCUACAAUAUAUCAGCAAAAUAUACCAGAAAAAGUCUUACAAUUCAGAGAAUGGUUAUCACAGGUACGUUAGUUUUAUGAAGAAAGAACACAUUUUCAUAGCUAAAUUCACAAGUCGAUCUAAACCAGACCUCCAUUGAAGACGUAAAAGCAAUGAACGAACAUUCCCUCCCAGUAUGAAUCCACACUGCUGAGUACCAUACUAGGACGAAUUCAACCGUUAAAAUACUACAAUCUCCACAAAUUUCUGUACUGAUAAAGAACACAUUGUUGUCCACUUGCGAUAGGGUAUUUUUACGCUUAAUAUUUUGUUAAAGUCAUUCAUAAAUUGGGAUCAUACCACGAACAAUUCUAAUUGUCGUAUGUUGGAGAGUCUACUUUCACUUUAGUGUACCUAUAAAAUGUGAACAAAACUAUAAAGUAUAUUCAUCUUUGCUUACUCCAAACUUUAACUAUCGAAAACCAUUCAUGUACCUAACUAUUAUACGACUCAGAUUGUAAUUUGAAUAUCUAUUUCAUUUUACACCACGUUAUCACGAUUUCGGACUGUUUAAGGUGAUAUUCACUGAUAUUCAUUUUUUUAGAAUAACUACUACAUAAUAAUCGGAUGAUAUUCAAGUAAAUUUUCCAACAAUUUCUAAACAUGAUGACUGAUAGUCGAACUAAAACAAUAAUUUUAUCAGAAUUAUAUGAAUUAAUGAGCCCCAUUAUAAUUGUAAUAACCUGG